AUGUUGGCCAUUCUUACCCAGGAACUGUUCGCUCAAAUUUCGCUGAAGAAUACCAUCUCCGUUAUUAUUGCCCUUCUUGUUUUACUUGCUCCUUUAGCACAGUUCGGAAGUCAUGGAUUGCUUGGUCGUGUUUUUGAUAUUCCCCGUGGAUAUCGGUUUUUGGUAUCGGGGCGACAAAUGAUUCGGAAAGCUUCAGCCCUCCAUGGUAUCAAUGCGUUCUCUCUACCUACACCGAAAGCGCGCAUCCACUUUGUGUCUAGCAAAGAACAUUACCGAGAGCUCACCAAGGCCCAUCCAACCCAUCUAUCUCUGCAUUCUGCGAUUAAACAGAUGCUGUCGCCUUACUUGAUAUUCGGCGGAUUUCAUGUUCCGGAGGCCAGAACCGUAGAGGGCAUGCACGUAGUCCGUGGCAUUCGAUCUGCGACUGUUCGGUUAUCUUAUUUCUCUCCUAUGUUCUUCAAGAUCAUUCAGCAGGAUAUAUCCAAAGCAACGAUGAGCAAAAAGCAAGACGAUGGAUAUGUGCAAGUUGCUUUCCCGAAACUGAUUACAAAUAUGAUACUGAGAAGCUUGACACUGUUUGUUAUAGGAGAGGAAGCAAUGAAUUCACCAACGUUUAUAGACGAGGCUUGGAAGUAUAGAAACCGUGCUCUCUUCACGGCUGAGCUUUGUCGCCUAACGCCGAAUUGGAGUCACAAGCUGAUAUCCUACCUUGUUCAAGGCAACGAGAGCCACCGAAAAUAUUGCUUCGGUGUCGCUUCGACAGAAGUCGAUAAAUACAUUGAAGAAAGUUUAAUUAGCCCCGAUUCGGUCUCGAAAUCAAGAAAUGCGUCUGCACUUGAAUUCAUGACACGUAACCACCCACCGAGCUGGAGCCGCGAUCGCCUCAUUCAGGAAGCCGCAAUGGCAUGGAUGCCUAGUACAGUUUUGGCCAGUGGUAUUGCAACGAAUGUUAUCAUGGAUAUUUUCAUCCACGAGGAACAUAUUCCUGCGCUACGUGCGGAGAUUGCAGAACAUCUAGUUGAUUACGACACCUUAAAUGCUGACACGAUGCCAUUCCUUGAAAGUUUCAUGAUUGAGUCUGUUAGGACUCACUCAUACGAAUCCACGAGUGUACACCGAGCGGCGCUACGUAACUUCACCUUUUCAAACGGAUAUACCGUGCCGAAGGGUGACUGGGUCGAGUACAAUCUACAGGCAACCUUCAAUAAUCCUGCACUGUUUCCAAACCCGGAAGUGUUCGACCCUUAUCGUCAUCUUAACUCUGGGCGUAAAUUCAGAGAUGUCUCGGUUGACUGGCCAAUGUGGGGAACGCCUAAUCUAGCUUGUCCCGGGAGAUUUAUGGUCGAGCGCUUCGUCAAGAAUCUUGUCGUCUACAUGUUGCAAGAAUAUGACUGCAAACUUUUACGAAAGACAAAAUUGAACUAUGGUUGGCGCGAAUCGGAGGUGCCUAAUCCAGCAGUAAGAUUACUGAUGAAGAGGCGUUAGAAG